AUGGAUUUUGAUCAUAUCGCAUACUUUGAGCUAGUUGAUUAUGCACUGGAAACCAAAGAGUAUGAAAGUUGGGAUUUUUAUAUGUAUGGGAUGGAUGCGGAUAAUGGUGAUUUCAAACUGUUUCGUGAUGAUAAAGAUGUGUUGGAACUUGCAAUGAAGGCUAAAAAUUGGAGUGAACCGUUCAUUGAAGUUGUUGAAGAACCAGUACACGAGGCUUCAUGGGUAUUUGAUAUAGAUAAGGAAACAAAUCUUAAAGAGGUUGUGAAAGAAUCAGUAAAAAAGGUUGUACAGGAAGAAGUCUUUGGGCAACAUAGUGAUAAAGAAGCUGAUUUAGAACAGGACAGUGAAGACAGUGAUUACAAUGAAGAGUCCAGUUGUGAUGAUGAUGAGGAUUGUUAUUCUGAUGAUGAUGAGGUUUUGGAAGAAUUGGUUGGCUUAGAUUCAGACAGAGAAGAUUUUGAAUGGAAACAAUCACAAGAUGCAAUUAAACAAGCUACCAAGGAUGAAGAAGCAGCCACAAAGAAGAUACUUGAAGAGUCUAUCAAACAUAAUGAAAAAGAAGGUAAUUUGCAUGAAUCUAAUGAUGCAGGUUGUGCACAUGUAGAGGGAUACAGUAAUUAUGAAGAAUCAGGUGGUGAUAUUGCCACACCAGGUGAUAGUGAAGAAGAUGAUGUUCGAGAUAAAAAGUUUAAGGAAACUGCUCCUAGUGUAAGUGCACAAACUAACUGA